AGUAGAAGAAAAGAUUGUGAAAGCGAAAGAUCCCGAGAUCGAGCGAACAGAUCACGUGUCAAAUCUUGGCAUCGGCAUUUACGCCAAGUGUAGGGUCACCGUUCUCAACCCCAUCUGCAUCCGCACCUUUCGCGACAUCUCGUCAUGCGGAUCGGUCGCGGCAACCUUCAUUUCAUAUAACUGACGCGCACACGCUAUUGUUUCUAUCGGUGAACUGGUUGCUAUUACUGUCCAUAGCGGCACCCGCCGCAUCCCUCUAUUCAUCAUGGCUUUUCAAGCGCCAGUUGCCGUUCAGAAUGUUGUUGCCGCUACGACGGAGCUAUGGCCUACAAUGUCGGCUAUCCUAAAGUCUCCAUGGCAAGGUCUCCGUCGACAGUCGACUUCGUCGGGUGGUGCUGGACAACAUCAAGUCGCGGGAUCAAGGGAGAAGACUCCGACACCGGAAACGAAGCCUCACUCCCAGCUCACCCUGCCAGAGUCCCUCGAAUCGAUCCCUAUCUCCGCAUUACAUCAGAUGCCCUCACCCGAUGCCUUGAGGACGAUACCCACCGUUAUCGGAACCAUAAAUUCAGUGCCUCGCAAUGCGCUCCGGUUUUGUAAUCCGAUGGCUCGGAGCAUGCCCAUCAAAGCUCUCAUGGCGCGGCAGUACUCAACAGUGUCGCGCUUCGGACCCCUCUCGAACUUGCGCCCUGUUCCAAGGCUAGGAAAUGUCGGAUUGGCUUUUGCCCAGCAACGAUCGAUCUUUGGCGCGCCCUCCCACAGCGUGCUCGCCCGCCUGGAACAGACGGCGAACAGCAAACCGAACAGCGCCAUGGCUCAAGGUGCUUUCUACUCUGCAUUGCUCCGCGCCGACAUGCCUCAGAUCAUUGUGGAUAGGUAUCGUACGGGACAGUUCGCAUCCGACCCCAUGGUCAACUCAUACUACGAGAAGGCGUGCCAAAAGCUAGGCCAGUCAACAAAUACGGGUAUUCAAGCAGGGCAAAACAUCCAGGCUGGCAAUCUCACCCCUCAGCAAAUGCAGACGCUUGGUCAAGCUGUGGGCGCUCAUGUUGGCGGAGGCCAGCUUGGAAAGACGCGAGGCGGAUCUGGUGUGAAGAGUGAUCCUCUUUACGUUGUCAUUGAAGAGUCUAUGUGGAGUACCAUCUUCAAGUGGGCCAGGUGGCUCCUGGGGUUCGGUCUCUGCGCCUACGUCGCCCUAAUCCUGAUCACACUCUUCGUCGAGACUAGCGGUGUUCUAAAGAAGGUCGGUGGUGGCAGUACCGCGGAGGUCCGGCCGGAACACCAGAAUACCCGCUUUAGCGAUGUUCACGGUUGUGACGAGGCUAAGGAAGAGCUUCAGGAUCUCGUAGAUUUUCUCAAGAACCCCGAACGGUACAACAAGCUCGGCGGUAGACUUCCAAAAGGUGUCUUGCUCAUCGGACCUCCCGGAACUGGAAAGACCUUGCUUGCACGUGCCGUUGCGGGUGAAGCUGGCGUUCCCUUCUUCUACAUGUCUGGUUCCGAAUUUGACGAGGUUUACGUUGGUGUCGGCGCAAAGCGCGUUCGUGAGCUCUUCAAUGCCGCUCGUUCAAAAGCACCUGCUAUUGUUUUCAUCGACGAAAUUGAUGCCCUUGGUGGAAAGCGGAAUUCUAGGGAUGCGAACUACCACCGCCAGACUCUCAACCAGCUCCUUAACGAUCUCGAUGGUUUCGACCAGAGCACCGGUGUCAUCUUCAUUGCUGCUACCAAUCACCCUCAACUUUUGGACAAGGCCUUGACCCGGCCUGGACGUUUCGAUCGCCACGUUGCCGUUGAAUUACCAGAUGUUAGGGGACGAAUGGCCAUUCUCAAAUAUCACAUGAAGAAGAUUAGACUCGCCCCUGACGUGGAUCUUUCUAAGAUCGCUCGUGGUACUCCCGGGUUUUCUGGCGCGCAACUGGAGAAUCUUGCAAAUACAGCGGCUAUCCAAGCUUCGAAACAUCAGAACAAAUUCGUCUCUAUUGAGGACCUCGAGUGGGCCAAAGAUAAGAUCAUGAUGGGUGCUGAGCGUAGGAGUAGAGUCGUCGGACUCAAAGAUAAGCUGCACACUGCUUACCAUGAGGGCGGCCAUACUCUUGUUGGCCUUUACACGAAGGGUGCCAAUGACCUACAUAAAGCGACAAUCCUUCCACGAGGCCCCGCUGCUGGUAUCACCUUUUUCCUCCCCAAAGACGAGGGACACAAGACGCGCUCAGAAUAUCUAGUCGAUCUUCAGGUCUCUAUGGGUGGAAAGGUGGCUGAGGAGAUUAUCUAUGGAAAUGAGAAUGUGAGCGCUGGUGCUUCUGGUGACAUUCAAUCUGCUACAAGACAGGCCUACGCGAUGGUUACCAUGUGGGGAUUUUCUGACCUCCUUGGUAACGUUGACUUCAACUCCAAUUACGACCAGCUUUCUCCCGAUACCAAGCGUCUCAUUGACAAUGAAGUUCGGCGAUUGAUUGACGAGGCCAAAGACAGCGCAAAGCAAUGUCUACUGAAGCAUCGGAAGGAGCUGGAUGUGCUUGCUCAAGCCUUGGUCCAGUACGAGACACUGGAUAAGGAAGAAAUACUCAAAGUACUGAAGGGGGAGAAGUUACCAGACCGGCUCAUGUCUAUGCCAGAUACGCUUAUUAAGCUUCCCUCGCCAGCAGCAGCGCUAGCACCUGGUAACGGCAGCGAUCCAGGCCCUCCCAGUCCAGGGGUUCCAGCUUAGAGUAGGGAAGGAUUAUUAAUUUGAAUUUCCAACUUUCUGGCAUGCAUCUGCGAUUGCGAGGCGAAUGGCGUUGCUCUUCCGACUCUCACUCAUUCACUUCGUCUCAUGACGACGUCUUGACUUACGGUCACUUUUUCAGUUUUCCUUUCCCAUGUACUUUUAUCAAAACGAUUCGAAACUUCUGUGGGUUUGGACAUGUCUUUCGCGCUUUGGUUGCGCGGAAGUAGCUGGGAUAUGGGUGGGCGGACGGAGUGUAGUUUAGUUUGGCUAGGUAUGAAUGGAAAAUAGUGAACCGA